AUGUCGAGCAGGCAAGAGAAAGAAGAGCUUCAGGAAGAACUGGCGAUGGCCAUUGAUCUUCGGUCUUUGGAACAUGUCGAGAAAGCGCUUGAGAAGGGAGCCGACCCUAGCCGCGUAGAUGUAUGGGGCACCUCACUCCUCACACCCUUGGACUUAGCUAUCAAGGAGGGCGUCAAGGAAAAGGACGAAUCCACGUUGGACAUCAUCCAAGCCUUGGCCCAGGCUGUCCCCUCCAAGGUGUGCCGUCAGGUUGCCAAGAAUACAUUGACCAGGAUGAAAAGAACAUCGCAGAAUCCUUCGAAUCCAUACGAUAGGUCUAUUCCGACCAUGGAUCGAACUCGAAAAAUCUGCAGGUUACUUCUAUCUGCUGCCCAAGAGCGGGAUGAGGAUUUCCACCACAAGACUCAGCCUACGCCAAGAUCCACAGUUGGCACUUGGAAGGCAUUGCUUUUCUCAGAAGACUUUAGUGAUGUUACUUUUGUAUUUGAUUCGACGGACGAUGUCUUGUAUGCCCACAAAUGCGUCCUUGCGGCAUCUAGCAACUACUUUGCCGCCUACUUCAAAGGUCCCUGGGGCAAGCUUAGCCAGCACAAGAGCGGAACCUGGAAGACUGACGUCCCUUAUCCCGUCAUGCGAGCCAUACUGGCUUACAUUUAUACCGGUGACCUUGACGAGGUCGUUUUGUUAGAACCUCAGCAGCUGGGAGAUUCCCUUGCCAUUGCUGUCCAAUAUCAACUGAAGGAUCUCCAAGACUAUAUCGAGGCUGCCAUGAAGAAAGCUAUGAGUCUUAGCAGCGUCAAGGAAACACUUUUGAUGGCCCAUCUUCAUGAUCUCUCUGGUUUGAAGAAUGCCUGUUUUGACUUUAUCCGUAGGAACGCCGCAGAAGCACUCUUUGUGCCAGAAAUAACAAGCAUUGCUCAAGAGUACCCCGACCUUUGGUCCGAGACAGCCAUGGCUGUGUCGGGACGAAAGAGACCCAGGGAAGACUCUGAUUGA